UGAAUGAUUACUUACCCGUUACCCCCUCCUUGGUUAUUUAAACGAGCAACUUGAUCUGCAGAUUCUACACUGAAUUCUGCUAAAUACCAGCUUCCUCUCAAUCCCCGCGUUAAUAAUUGAACGCUCACAUUCUCUCCCGGCUUCUUCUCUCUUUCACACAUUUACACAAGUACUGGUAAUACCUUUCAAUAGAGAAGGAGAAGGAGAUAACAGAGGAAUCAAGAUCCAAAAAAAUGGGGUCUCUUCCACCACCAUAUCUGGACUUCUGUAAUAACUCCUCCUCAAAGCAAGAUUCAAUUGACCCAGAUCAGCUUCUUAAGCUCUUCAAAGCCCAGCAGAAUUAUCUCAAUCAUUUCUUUCAAAAUCUUGAUCUUUCUCAAACUCUUAAUUUUACCCAAACUCUCCUUAAUGCCAAAGGUUCCAUUUACUUUACUGGUGUGGGGAAAUCUGGGUUUGUUUCCCAGAAAAUAUCACAGACCCUUGUUUCUCUAGGUAUUAAAUCUGGGUUUUUAUCCCCUGUUGAUGCCCUUCAUGGAGACAUUGGCAUUUUGGAUCCAAAAGAUGUUUUGGUUAUGUUUAGCAAGAGUGGGAAUACGGAAGAAUUGUUAAAGCUUGUGCCUUGUGCAAAGGCGAAACGGGUCUUUUUGAUUUCGGUUACUUCGGUAAAGCCUAAUUCUUUGAUGGGGGUGUGUGAUCUGAAUGUGCAUUUGCCUUUAGAGAGAGAAUUAUGCCCUUUUGAUUUGGCACCUGUGACGUCUACCGCUAUUCAGAUGGUUUUUGGAGAUACGGUGGCGAUUGCUUUAAUGGCGGCCAGGAAUUUGAGCCGGGAGGAGUAUGCUGCCAACCACCCUGCUGGGAGGAUCGGGAAAAGUUUGAUCUUCAAGGUUAGAGAUGUGAUGAAGAAGAAAGAAGAUCUUCCAAUUUGCAAGGAAGGAGAUCUUAUUAUGGAUCAACUUGUAGAGCUGACAAGCAAAGGAUGCGGGUGCCUCCUUGUUAUUGAUGAGGAGUUUCAUCUGCUAGGCACAUUCACCGAUGGUGAUUUACGUCGGACAUUGAAAGCCAGCGGGGAAGGAAUCUUCAAGCUUACAGUUGGAGAAAUGUGUAACAGGAAACCAAGGACAAUUGGCCCAGAUGCUAUGGCAGCUGACGCAAUGCAGAAGAUGGAAUCUCCACCAUCUCCAGUCCAGUUCUUGCCAGUUAUUGAUCAAGAUAAUGUCUUGAUUGGUAUUGUUACCUUACAUGGACUGGUCUCAGCAGGCUUGUGAAGUUGUUGCCAUUAUCAUUAAUUCUUUUUGUAUAUUGUUGGGUUUCUUACCCCAUUUUCUUCAGCUAAUGUUAUUUUAUUCCUAUAGCAAUGAUGAAUAUUAGUCAUAAAAUAUUAUAGUCAUGUUAUUAGACUUAUAGAUUGGGCUAGAGCUCUGUACCCUUCAUCAUUUGUGCCUGUUAUAAUGUACAAUGAGGAAGAAUGUGAUAAUGAUGAUCCUCUAUUCAUUAUAUUGUAUUUUGAAGUAAUGUAUUUGGUUUUGUGCAAUUAGAGAUCUGUAGCAACUCUACAUUGCUGAGAGUGGCUUUUCUUUCA